AUGGGCUGCGCGCAAUCCAAGACCGAAGACGUAAGUGCCGCGACGGAGCCUGAGGCUGCGACUGUCGCCGCGGUGACCGAGACGGAGCCCGUUCGUGUCGAACAGCCCGAGGCACAAGCGACGGAGACGGACAAGUCCGACGAGCCAGAAGCCGAGGCGGCCUCGCCUGCCGAACCUGCGGACGAGCUGUAUAAGAUCAGGGGCCACGAGAUCGACGAGGCCGGCGUCGUGUUCUACAUCGUCCAAGCCGUCGACGGCGACAUCAGUUUCUUAAAGCGCUUCAGCGAGUUCAAGGCGUUGGUGGUGGAGCUGGGCAGCCCCACGUGUCUGCCAGCGCUUCCUGGCUCGGGACUGGGCGCAAAGCUGCGCGGCAAGCACAACUUGUCCGUGAUCCAGGAGCGCGAGACGCAGCUGGCCGUCGUGCUCAACGCCAUUGCCAGAGAUGCAGAGCUGGCUGAGAAGGAAGCGUUCAAGAACUUUGUCCAGUAG